AUGGCCCGUUCCGCCUCCGCUCCGCCUACGCACUGCGUCCUCACCCUUAACCCUCGAGACCGGCGCGUAAUGAGAGCAAAUAAAGCAAGCGGCUACCGUAACGCUCCGCAACCGCCGGCGCGUUUUAUCCGGCGGCUUAUUAUUGCACUCGAGCGUUUUGGCCAAGACUUCCGAUCGACGUGCGGUCGAAUAGCGAAAAACUGGUCGUUCGGAGUGCAGCACGGGCCCCGGGGCCGCAUUCACAACGUCAUUACGGCCGCAGUGAUCGAG